CUUUCUUACCUACCUACCUACAAAUUCUACCCAGACCACAAUGUCUCGCCCACUAGAAGGAAAGGUUGGUAUCAUCACUGGCGGAUCGCGGGGAAUCGGCGAAGCCAUCGCCAACAAUCUCGCAGCAAAAGGAUGCUUCCUCCUCCUAAACUUCACCUCCGAGUCCUCGCGCGCGCCAACCGAAGAGCUCUGCGCCUCCCUCUCCACCACUUACUCUGUCCGCUGCGCCUCCGUGCAAGCAGACCUCUCGACCCCCACCGAAGCCGUGCAAGCCAUCCUGUCCGCAUUCAAAACACACUUCCCCGACCGACACCAAAUCGACAUCCUGAUCAACAACGCCGGGGUCUCCAAGGACCGCACCCUCAACGACCCCGUCAAGGGCGCCAUCGACGCCGACUACUUCACCUGGCACUACACGAUCAACGUGCUCGCGCCCCUGCUGCUCACCCAGGCGGUGGCCCCCUACCUCCCCACCGAUCGGACCGGGCGGAUCGUGAACAUCUCCUCGGUUUCGGCGUCGAUGGGCUUCGAGGGCCAAAGCGUCUACGGCGGCACCAAGGCCGCGCUCGAAGCCAUGACGCGCACCUGGGCCCGGGAAUUGGCCGACAGGGCGACGGUGAAUGCUGUCAACCCGGGCCCUGUCAUCGGGGACAUGUACUUCCAGGCUGGCGAGGGCUUCUGGAACCAGAUCCAGGGAUUCCAGGAUAACACGCCCCUGAGUAAGCUUGUCGAGGCGGAUCCGUUGGUCGGUGGGUUAUCGGGGGAACAGGUGCGGUUGAUCCAGGAGAAGAUGGGAGGGAGGAGGCCCGCGUUUACCAGUGAAAUCGCGGGCGUGGUGGCCAUGUUGUGUACGGGGGAUGGGGGGUGGUGCACGGGGAGUGUGGUUUGUGCGAAUGGUGGCAUGAGAAUGGGUUGUUAGUACUAAUCUAAUGUCUUUUGAGUCGGGUUGGUAUGUAUAUAGAUGGUCAUGAUUUUACACUAGGAUGUGUUUUGACAUCCGGAGUACUGUAGUAUAUAUAUCACUCACCUCCGUAUAGUUAGUAGAUUGUUAUCCCUCCAAGUAUAUAUACUUCAUAGUUCAUACCAUCCCCC